AACAAUUCUAGUUCGAUGAACAGUGUUGUCAUGCUCCACAUAACUAUACAAACACCAAUUAAAGCCAUUCCGUCAGGCACCGGCGCAGUCCAGCCCACUGCGGCCGAGGAGAGCUACUUCCGUUCCGCAGAGGGCGACAAGGCAGCAGCCAGCCAGCCGGCGGAGGUCCAGACACAAAAGAGACUGGGUCCGGGUUCUUCUCCAAUCCAAACCGGAAUGUCGGAUGAGGAUUCUCGUGCCAGCACCAGCUCUUCGUCAUCGCCGCCGUCGUCCAGCCAGAGCAGACAGAAGGACACAUCUUGCAAGAAGAAGCGUGAGAGCAAAGCCAGCAUGAGCAAGACCUCCAAGCUGCUUUCCACCAGUGCCAAGAGGAUUCAGAAAGAGCUGGCUGACAUCACACUGGACCCGCCACCAAACUGCAGUGCCGGCCCCAAAGGAGACAACAUCUAUGAGUGGAGGUCCACCAUCUUGGGACCGCCAGGCUCCGUAUAUGAGGGGGGCGUCUUCUUCCUGGACAUUGCCUUCACGCCCGACUACCCUUUCAAGCCACCCAAGGUGACGUUCCGCACUCGGAUCUACCACUGCAACAUUAACAGUCAAGGUGUGAUCUGUUUGGACAUCCUGAAGGAUAAUUGGAGCCCCGCCCUCACCAUCUCCAAGGUGCUGCUGUCCAUCUGCUCUCUGCUCACAGACUGUAACCCAGCCGACCCUCUGGUGGGAAGCAUCGCCACCCAGUACACAACUAACAGAGCCGAACAUGAUCGAACAGCCAAACAGUGGACCAAGCGAUACGCCACUUGAACCUGCAGGUGGCGACAGUGGGUUUAGGAGGAGAGGAGGACGAAGUCCAAGGAGUGGUGGGGGCUCCUGGUGGUCUGUGUUGGGGGGGUUGGUUUUUAUCUCAGAUUUUUAGUACUUUAUUGUCUGGUAUAUUUUUUUGCUUCCUGAUUAAGUUAUCUGCGCAAAUAUGGAAAUAAAAGAACACAACAGAAA